AUGAGGAACAGAAAUGGUGUAGGCCUAGAUAAUGAAGAGAAGAAGAGAUUUUGGGAGGAUUUGGACGAGAUGGUGAGGGGUGUACCUAGUAAUGAGAAGUUUUUCAUAGAAGGCAAUUUCAACGGGUACAUAGGGUCUUCUUUGAGAGGAUAUGAUGAUGUGCAUGGAGACUAUAGGUUAGGUGUAAGAAAUGUUGAAGGAGUGGUACUUCUGGAUUUUUCUCGGGCGUUUAGAUUGGUGGUAGUCAAUUUGAACUUUCCCAAGAAAGAGGUUCACUUGGUUACCUUUUGUAGUUUCGUGUUCAAGACUCAGAUUGACUUCUUGCUCCUCAGGAAAGGAGAUAGAGAUAUUUGUAAGAACUAUAAGGUCUUAUCGAGUGAGAGUCUUUCGACCCAACAUACGUUUUUGGCGAUGGACAUAGAGAUCAGAAAGGAGUGA